AGUAGUGACACUAAAGCCCCCAAAGGGGUCUACCUCUUUUCUCAUCUUUUUGUUUUCUCUAUUUUGAUUUGAUAAAAAUUUAUUUGAGACAUAUUCUGAGGAAAAGAAAAAAAAAAAAAAAAAAGCUUAGUCCUUUCAAGAACACAAGAAAUAAAUAUAAGCUUCUUGAGAUCUGUCAAGCUCCAAUCUUUACUAGGGCAAAUUGAGGAAUGAAAAGAAGAUGGGGAGGACAGGAAGCUGGUUUUCUUCUGUAAAGAAGGCUCUGAGCCCAGAUCCUAAGGAAAAGGCUGACAAGAAAGCAAGUAAAUCAAAGAAGAAAUGGUUUGGGAAAGAAAAGCAAACACUCCCCGGUUCUUCGACCGUGGUAACUGCAACUGUGUCUCCUCCUCGUCCUGUUCCUGUUCGCCCAGUGGAAGAGGUCAAAUUGGAUGAAGUGGAAGAGGAGCAAACGAAACAUGCUUACUCAGUUGCAGUUGCCACAGCUGCAGCAGCUGAAGCCGCUGUUGCUGCGGCCCACGCUGCUGCAGAGGUUGUUCGGUUAACUACAGUGAACCAAUUUUCGGGCAAAUCAAAGGAGGAAGUAGCCGCAAUCAAAAUUCAGACUGCAUUUCGAGGUUAUCUGGCUAGGAGGGCAUUGAGGGCUUUAAGAGGACUUGUCAGACUCAAAUCGCUUGUUGAUGGACCUACCACCAAGCGGCAAACUGCAAAUGCUCUGAAAUGCAUGCAGACGCUAUCUCGGGUGCAAUCUCAGAUUAGUUCUAGAAGGAUCAGGAUGUUGGAGGAGAACCGAGCUCUCCAGAGGCAGCUUAUGCAGAAGCAUGCGAAAGAACUUGAGAGUUUGAGGAGAGGAGAGGAAUGGGAUGAUAGUCUACAAUCAAAGGAGCGUAUUGAAGCUAGCUUGCUCAGCAAAUAUGAAGCUGCAAUUAGACGAGAAAGAGCGCUUGCAUAUUCAUAUUCUCACCAGCAAACCUGGAAGAAAUCAUCAAGAUCUACCAAUUUGUUGUUCAUGGAUCCGACCAAUCCUCAAUGGGGUUGGAGCUGGCUAGAGCGGUGGACAGGUGCUAGGCCUUGGGAAAGUCAAAGCAUGUCUGAGAAAGAAAAAAACGAUCAGACGUCCGUUAGAAGCAUGAGCAUUGCUGGAGGAGAAAUUGCCAAGUCAUUUGCCCGUCAUCAGCUGAAUUCUGAACUCCCUUCUUCUCCUACUACCCCUUCCAAGCCAGCCAGAAAACUGAAACCAGCAAGCCCAAGAAUUAGUGCAAUGAACCACGAUGAUGAUACUCGAAGCAUGCUUAGCAUGCAAUCAGAACGGAACAGGAGGCAUAGCAUUGCGGGGUCCACUCAGUCUAUAAGAGAUGACGAGAGCUUGGCAAGCUCACCCUCAGUCCCAAGUUACAUGGGGUCCACUCAGUCUGCAAAGGCCAAAACACGGUUGCAAAGUCCAUUGGGCAUGGAAAAUGGCACACCAGAAAAGGGAUCGGCAGGGCCUGUGAAGAAGCGGCUCUCUUAUCCAUCGUCACCUGCCAGGCCAAGGCGGCAUUCAGGCCCACCAAAGUUUGACAACACCUCCUUGAACACAUCCAUAAACACCUCUAUCGCUGAGGGAUAAUGUGAAUGGAGCCAUCAACUAGAUUAUUCUUGUUACGAACAAUAAGCUUUCCUGCCGCCCUUCUGGCUUAUAGGUAUGCUUUAAAAUGCCAUUCAUUGUGCGAUAUGAACUGCACCAUAAAAAUUCAUAUUAAUUCAUUGAUGUACGGGCUUGCCCUGGAUGCUUCUUGCUUUUCGUGUUUCUUGCUCCCACGGUUGUUGAUGACAGAAGAGUGCCAAUAGUUGUGAAUCAUUUUAGAUAACAUUUCCUUGAUUGUGAUAACAUACUAUGAUUGUAUUUUAUUAUAUGUACCCUAAUAGCUAAAGAAAAAGAUAGUAUUACUAUUUUCUUUGUUCA